AUGCAGUUCAAGGAUGUGAGAUUAGGACUGUCGAAUUCACGUUAUAUGAAGCUAACGAUGAACUGCACAGCCGAACCCCAACGUCAAUCCCUUCCAACGAUCAUUCAUAGGCGAGAUUCGUCGCAUCGACGAGAUGGCUCGUCGCGUUCUUUUUUCUCUACUCAAAUUGAGAGGGAAAAAGAUAAGAUACCCGUGCGCCCGCUGUGUGAUUCGGCGCCUCUCAUCACCGUUGGUCCGCGAGCAGCUCAAACAAUGGACGGCUUAGACGUUACAUUUGCCGAGCACGAGUCGAGGCUAGUACAGAUGAAUGAGAGCUACGAGCUGCUUAGUGGUCGAUUGAGGGAGCUGGUUGAGGCUAGGCAUGUUCUGAGGGAGACAGCUGUAUUCUUUGACAGGGCUGAAAGCAACCAGUCUGAUAUCAGGACAUCAUUAGACGACAGCUCGGCACGUUGGCGAAACGUACUGCGGCGUGUAGCAUCUGACCGCUUUUAUCGAUGA